AUGGCCGUGAGUCGAGGAUUGGAGAGCCUUUUACAGGAAGCUGCAAAGUUUUAUGCAGCAAAAGAUUACGAAGCGUCGACGGAUCUUUAUUCUGAGUUAAACGAACUUUACUACGCGCUUAGGGACGAAAACAAUGCAGACUACAUGUAUCUGUACGGGAAGUCACUGUAUCAGCUAGCUAUGAGCAAGUCAGAAGUUUUCGCGGUUGACCCGACUGAGGGCGACGUCGAAGAAGAAGAUGACGACGAGGGAGACGCGACGGCAAAGAAAAACUUGUUCCAGUUCAACGAGACGCUCGCGGAGGGCGAUGGACCAGGGGAUGAGAAGGAGUCAAAGCAGGAGGAAGAGGAAGAAGAUGGGGCGAAUGACGACGCAGGGCCAAACGAGGAAGAAGAGAUAAAUACUGCAGAACCCCGUGACGAUUUCGAGAGCGCGUGGGAGAUUCUCGAACUUACGCGGGCUAUGUUCAAAAGCCAGGGUAGUAAUCCAGAAAAUGUCCAGAAACUGUCAGAAACCCUGGACCUAUUGGGCGAAAUUUCACUCGAAACGGCAAAUUUUGCCCAGGCGGUCGAUGAUUUUAGGGAAUGCUUGCAACUCCGCGAGAAUGUUUACGGUGCAGAAGAUCCUACGCACAGACUUAUCAUCGAGUCUCAUUACAAGCUGUCUCUUGCACUAGAGUUCGAUCCUACUCAGACAGAAUCGUGCAAAAUGCACUUGAAAAGCGCUGCUGAACUUCUGGACAAGCGCAUCCAAGACAAUAGGGCAGAAGACGGAGACGAAGAUCUGGUUAAAGAGCUUCGCUUGAAGCUGCAAGAUCUUGAUACAACACCUGAUCCUUUGGCCAUGCUCAAAAAGGAGGGUCUUACGCAAUUGAAGCAUGCCAUGGCUCAGACUGGCGCCGGCUCCAGUUCCAGUGCACAAACCGCACCUGUAAACGAUUUGACGGCCAUGGUGAAGAAAAGGAAGCCCAAAUGUGAUCCUGUGGGCAAGGAAAAUCCUAAGAAACCCAAAUGA